AUGGGGUGUGUCGAAUCCGCCGAAGACCAAUCCUAUUCAAAUGUUCAUCAUGUUUUCAAAACAACUUCUUUCGAGCCUCCACCAGUAUACUCCCAGCAGCCAAGACGAGAGGAAACAGAGAAAGUCGCCAUUAAGCAACCGGUCGUCACUCAAAAAGGACCACAGGAGCCAUCAGCAACUAUUGAAUCAGGAGGAAAAAAAUCGAAUGUUCAAAUGUGGUCACGGAUCUAA